UAACUUCAGCGCAUGUCUUUUUUCCGAGUCAGUAUUAAACGCAACAUAAUUUCACAAUACCACAUCUAAUGGCCAUAUUACAAGAUGUUCAUGAACGCCACAGUUGUUGUCCCGGAUUUUCGAAGAUCUAAAAGUAUCCGGAUGGGCAGAGCUCCAUAGACAUGACAUGAGCCUCCGUGUUACCUAGUCCGUCAGCAUAGUUACAGACCUUUGCUAGCUACCGUUCCUAGAGGGGAGGCCAGUUAGCUUGCCAGAUCUAACCUAGUUCAUCACAGCAGGCGUUACAUCACUUUGGGUUGUCUCCCACCUGGGAAAUAACGGCCCGAAGGAACCAACCCUGUCUUUUUUUCCACACACCGUACUGUGAUCCUAGCAUGACACACUAACCUGUCAAACUUAAGCAAGGUUAUUACAGCUUUUGUCACUUUGCACCUUUGCAAAUUUCUGGGUGCUGUCAAGAGGCGACCGUUCCGUCGUACACUUGUUUUUAGAAAGAAAAAGAGAUGUCCUGCCCAUGCACUUCGGCUGUCAGGUUGUUCCUAAACACCGCCAACAGAGGACUGUCAUGUUCCAGGAUCCAGUUGUUUUCUCUGAGUCGUCAUGGUUCUCGGGAAACUCAUUUUCAUCCCCGGGUACGCGUCAGGUCGUUUUCAGAGACUGCUGUUUGUUACGCCGCUAAAGAUGGGACAACAAAGGAUGGUGGAAGUGAUGGCGGAAAGAAAAGCGUCAGUGAAGGGAAGAGAACGUCUGGCUCUGGAGGAUCAGGGAAGGGGGGAAGCCAACUACGCUGCCCUAAAUGUGGAGACCCCUGUACACAUGUAGAGACCUUUGUAUCAUCAACGCGAUUUGUGAAAUGUGAGAAAUGUCAUCACUUCUUUGUCGUUUUGUCCGAAACUGACUCCAAGAAAGGGCUAAACAAAGAGCCAGAAUCUGCUGCUGAGGCAGUGAAGCUGGCGUUUGCACAGAAACCUCCCCCUCCUCCCAAGAAGAUUUAUGCCUAUCUGGACAAGUAUGUCGUCGGUCAGUCCUAUGCAAAGAAGGUGUUGGCGGUUGCAGUGUACAAUCACUACAAACGCAUCUACAACAACAUCCCUGCAGGGAGUCGACAGCAGGUGGAGGUGGAGAAACAGCCGUCUUUAACCCCUCGAGAGCUAGAGAUGAGAAGACGAGAGGAUGAAUACAGAUUCACAAAGCUGCUGCAGAUUGCAGGCAUCAGCCCCCAUGGAAAUGCUCUGGGAGCAUCCAUGCAGCAGCAGGCCAGCCAGCAGACCACUCAGGAGAAGAGGGGCGGAGAGGUCCUGGACUCCACACACACUGAGAUUAAACUGGAGAAGAGCAACAUUAUACUUCUAGGCCCAACUGGUUCAGGGAAAACACUUCUGGCGCAGACACUGGCUCGCUGUCUGGACGUCCCGUUCGCAAUUUGCGAUUGCACCACUCUAACUCAAGCUGGAUACGUGGGAGAAGACAUCGAGUCAGUUAUUGCCAAACUUCUGCAGGAUGCCAACUACUCUGUGGAGAAGGCACAGCAAGGUAUUGUGUUCCUGGAUGAGGUUGAUAAGAUUGGCAGUGUGCCUGGAAUCCACCAGCUGAGAGAUGUGGGAGGAGAAGGAGUUCAGCAGGGUCUGCUGAAACUUUUGGAGGGCACGAUCGUCAACGUUCCUGAGAAGAACUCCAGAAAACUCCGAGGUGAAACGGUGCAAGUCGACACAACAAACAUUCUGUUUGUUGCAUCUGGUGCUUUCAAUGGUCUCGAUAGGAUCAUCAGCAGGAGAAAGAACGAAAAGUAUCUGGGUUUUGGAACGCCGUCUAACAUGGGCAAAGGACGGCGUGCGGCGGCGGCGGCCGACCUGGCCAACAGCAGCGGGGAGACGGACACGGUGGCGGAGAUCGAGGAGAAGGACAGGCUGCUGAGGCACGUCGAGGCCAGGGACCUGAUUGAGUUCGGAAUGAUCCCAGAGUUCGUGGGCCGCCUCCCCGUCGUGGUGCCCCUGCACAGCCUGGAUGAGGAAACGCUCGUCCGGAUCUUGACCGAACCACGGAACGCCGUGGUGCCACAGUACCAGGCUCUGUUCAGCAUGGACAAAUGUGAACUCCACGUGACACAAGAUGCCUUGAGAGCCAUUGCCAGAAUGGCUUUGGAGAGAAAGACUGGAGCCCGUGGGCUCAGAUCCAUCAUGGAAAAACUCCUCCUGGAGCCCAUGUUUGAGGUUCCGCACUCGGACAUUAUGGCUGUUGAGCUAGACAAAGAAGUCGUCCAGGGAAAAUCCCAACCCAGAUACGUCAGAGCUCCAGCCAAGGAGUCGGCGGAAGAGGAGUACGACUCGGGCAUUGAGGAGGAGAACUGGCCUCGGCAGGCAGAUGCUGCUAACAACUGAACCACACGGCGCUGAAUUCACCCGAAAGCCCCGCUGUCUGAAACAUUAGAUUACCACGAGCCCUUUGAAUACCAAGUUUGGUACCCGCUCUUUUAUUAUAGCACCUGACAAAUAAACGAUGGACAUUUGGUGAAGAGAUUUUCAUGAUGAACAAAUUAAGAGAGAGUAACAACCUUCGGUCCUUUGCAUCAGAUGAUAAUCCUUUAGUGGUGCACUUAGAGUGGACCUGUAUCAAAUACUUCAAUCUCUGGGGAUUGUUAACAUUUUAUCUAUAUAAAGAUAAUGCAAUUUUAUUCAUGAAAGUAUUUGUAGCUAGUUUGUUUUCUCUUUUCGUGGUGACAGGCUGUAAUGGCAAGGGAAGCAAAUAGAAACUAUGGGAUCAUACUGUACACUUGAAAAAGAGGCGCUCAGAAGGUGUAGAUGUAAUGUUACCAUGUCAAGCAAUGCCUUACAACAUGAGGGCAUGAUAUUCCAUGAGCACAUCAAUCUUUUGAUGUUUCCUUCGUAACCACCAUUGUAAUAAUGGUGCUCAAAGUGAAAUCGGUUGUAAAUGUUUAGCUACACCACAUAGGUAGCAUUUGUAAGCAGUUUGUAAAUCAAGCACUCAAAUUAGGAGAACAUAUUGUGACAUCAACACACCAGCACACCAGACACAGCAGCUUAUAGGCAACAAUUUACUUUUUAAACAGCCGGAAUGGUUAUUUUACAGUGUUCAGCUCCUUUCCGUUAGCCCACCUUCUGAAUGUGUUAACUCACAGACUUCUGUGUUGCAGGGCCGCUUCUCAAAGCAGGAGUAACAGUUUAGCUAGUAGCUUUCAAGUGACGACCAGAUAAGCUCUUUCUUUUUAUUUCCUACUAGCUAUAAUUGAAUCGUACUCCCCCCACCAGGUGUAUACAGUUUUCUUUAUCCAGAUUAAAAAGAUCAGAUCAUUUCCCUCUUGUCAACACUGUGAAAACAGGAGGUAUUUUGACUUUCAUUGUGUGUGUGCUGCAGUGUCAGAAAAUCACCUUUAGUGAUGUAAUAUCCUGUUACUAAAUAGUACCUCAGUACAAGUGUGGAAUAAAAACACCACCCAAAUGCUCUCCGCCUCCACCAUGCUGCUGUUCAUACUCUAAAAUGAAACUAGAUUUGUUCUCUCUCUAAGCUUUACUUUCCCUACUAAACUAAAACUGCUUUUUUUUCUCCAGACAUCUGUUACAGAAGCUGUCAUCACCCCUCAGCUUGUGAAUCUUAAUUUUAUUGUGAUUGUUUAAAAAUAUAUAAAUAAAAUGUAUAUCGCUGUACAAAAA